CCAUUUUCAUCUUCCUCUUCCCCUUUAUCUCUCUCUCUCACUCAUCACUCUCUCUGCAAACUGAUCACCAUGGAAGUUGUUGGAGAGGUUUUUCUUUCUGUGUCCCUUGAACUCUUGUUCAGCAAACUGGCCUCCUCUGAUUUGUGGAAGUACGCACUCCAAAAGCAAGUCCACACCGAGCUCAAGAAAUGGGAGACAAGACUGUUGGAGAUUCGGGAAGUGCUCGACGAUGCUGAGGACAAGCAGAUCACUAAGCAGCACGUGAAAGCAUGGCUCGCACUUCUCAGGGAUUUGGCUAAUGAUGUUGAGGACGUCUUGGACGAGUUUGGCUACCAAGUGAUGAGGAGAAAGUUGGUGGCGGAGGGUGAUGCGGCCAGCAUAAGCAAGGUAUGCAAAUUCAUCCUUACUUGUUGUACUACUUGCACUCCAAUUCAGGCUAUGCGGAAUGUUAAGCUGGGGUCCAAGAUAGAGGACAUCACUCGCCGAUUAGAAGAAAUUUCAGCUCAGAAGGCUGAGCUCGGUUUGGAAAGGCUCAGAGUGCAGAUCGAAGGCGCCAGAGCAGCUACUCAAAGCACAACCCCUCCACCACCUUUGGCAUUCAAACCUGGGGUAUACGGCAGGGAUGAAGAUAAAACCAAGAUACUAGCCAUGCUUAAUGAUGAAUCCCUCGGUGGCAAUCUGUCUGUAGUCUCGAUCGUGGCCAUGGGUGGGAUGGGAAAAACUACGCUGGCAGAUCUAGUGUACGAUGAUGAGGAGACAUCCAAACAUUUUGCUUUAAAAGCUUGGGUUUGUGUGUCUGAUCAAUUUCAUGUGGAGACCAUAACCAGGGCAGUUUUACAGGACAUUGCUCCAGGCAACAAUGAUUCGCUGGCCUUUCAUCAAAUUCAACGCAAACUGAGGGACGAAACCAAGGGAAAAAGAUUUUUGAUUGUUCUUGACGAUUUGUGGAAUGAGAAAUAUGAUCAAUGGGACAGCCUACGCUCCUCUCUCUUGGAGGGAGCACCGGGAAGCAAGAUCCUCGUCACCACUCGUAAUAAAAAUGUUGCAACUAUGAUGGGAGGAGAUAAAAACUUUUAUGAGCUAAAACAUUUGUCUGAAAAACCUUGUUGGGAGUUGUUUAAAAAACAUGCUUUUGAAAACAGAAAUACCAAUGAGCAUCCGGACUUGGCAUUGAUAGGAAGGGAAAUUGUAAAGAAGUGUGGAGGCCUGCCCUUGGCAGCAAAAGCACUUGGUGGUCUUCUGCGCCAUGAACACAGAGAAGAAAAGUGGAAUAUUAUACUAGCUAGCAAAAUAUGGAAUUUACCUGGUGAUAAGUGUGGUAUUCUUCCUGCGUUGAGAUUGAGCUACAAUCAUCUCCCUUCACAUUUAAAAAGGUGUUUCGCUUAUUGCGCAUUAUUUCCCCAAGAUUAUGAGUUUAAGAAGGAAGAGCUAAUCCUCUUGUGGAUGGCGGAGGGGUUAAUUCAACAAUCAAAUGAGGAUAAGAAAAUGGAAGAUCUUGGUGAUGAUUAUUUUUGUGAACUAUUGUCAAGGUCAUUUUUCCAAUCGUCCAAUAGCAAUAAAUCACGAUUCGUUAUGCAUGACCUUAUCAACGAUCUAGCUAAAUCUAUUGCUGGAGACACAUGCUUGCAUUUGGAUGAUGGGUUGUGGAAUGAUUUGCAACGCUCCGUUCCUGAAAAUACUCGUCAUUCAUCAUUCAUCCGUCAUGAAUAUGAUAUCUUUAAAAAAUUUGAAACGUUUCAUAAGAAAGAGCGCUUGCGCACGUUCAUAGCUUUGCCGAUUGAUGAAUCAAGAUGGUUUGAUAACUUCAUAAGUAAUAAGGUGCUUGAAGAAUUGAUACCAAGGUUAGGGCAAUUAAGGGUGCUCUCAUUGGCUUAUUACAAGAUAAGUGAGAUACCAGAUUCAUUUGAUAAGUUGAAACAGUUGAGAUACCUUAAUUUGUCCCACACCAGUAUAAAAUGGUUACCCGAUUCAAUUGGUAAUCUUUUUUACCUUCAGACAUUGAAAUUAUCAUGCUGUGAAGAGCUUAUCAGGUUGCCUAUUAGCAUCGGUAACCUAAUCAAUCUUCGACAUCUUGAUGUUGCUGGUGCAAUAAAAUUACAAGAAAUGCCUAUACGAAUGGGCAAACUAAAAGAUUUGCGGAUAUUGUCUAAUUUCAUUGUGGACAAAAACAAUGGUUUGACAAUCAAGGAGUUGAAGGACAUGUCACAUCUGCGAGGAGAACUUUGCAUUUCGAAAUUGGAAAAUGUGGUGAAUAUUCAAGAUGCAAGGGAUGCCGAUUUAAAAUUGAAGCGUAACCUUGAAAGCUUGAUAAUGCAGUGGAGUUCUGAGUUGGAUGGUUCAGGGAAUGAAAGGAAUCAAAUGGAUGUCCUUGACUCUCUACAACCAUGUUCGAAUCUGAACAAACUCUGCAUUCAAUUGUAUGGUGGUCUAGAAUUCCCACGUUGGAUAGGGGAUGCCUUGUUCUCUAAGAUGGUGGAUCUAAGUCUCAUAGAUUGCAGAAAGUGCACGUCUUUACCAUGCUUGGGGCAGUUGCCAUCGCUCAAACAGUUGAGGAUCCAAGGAAUGGUUGGAGUAAAAAUAGUGGGUGCAGAGUUUUAUGGAGAGACUCGUGUUUCUGCAGAAUUGGAGUCUCCACUUUCAAGACUUCCACUGCUGAAGGAAUUACAAGUAAGAGGAUGUAAUGAGGCGGUCUUGAGGAGUGGAAAUGACCUCACCUCACUCACCAAGUUAACAAUUUCUAGGAUUUCAGGGCUUAUCAAAUUGCAUGAAGGAUUUGUGCAAUUUUUGCAAGGGCUUCGGGUUUUGAAAGUGUCGGAAUGUGAAGAACUCGAAUAUUUGUGGGAGGAUGGUUUUGGAUCGGAAAACUCUCUUUCUCUUGAGAUUAGAGAUUGUGAUCAACUUGUAUCCUUGGGAUGCAAUCUUCAGUCUUUGAAAAUAAUUGAAUGUGUUAAACUAGAGAGGCUUCCAAAUGGAUGGCAGAGUCUAACAUGCCUUGAAGAAUUGACAAUCGAGGUUUGUCCAAAGCUAGCGUCAUUUCCAGAUGUAGGUUUCCCACCAAAGCUGAGAAGUCUUACUGUUGGAUAUUGUGAAGGUCUAAAGAGUCUACCUGAUGGCAUGAUGUUGAAGAUGAGGAACGACACUACUGACAGCAACAACUUGUGUCUCCUUGAAAAGCUAUUGAUAUACAUCUGUCCAUCUCUCAUUUGCUUUCCAAAAGGGCAAUUACCCACCACCCUUAAGAGUCUAAGCAUAUCGGAUUGUGAAAAUCUCAAGUCUCUACCAGAAGAAAUGAUGGGCAUGUGUGCCCUUGAAGACUUUUGGAUAGUUGGGUGUCCGUCUCUUAUUGGAUUACCGAAAGGUGGGUUACCCGCCACUCUCGAGAGACUCACAAUAAUUGGUUGUUGUCCUAUUAUUGGUUUUCCGAGAGGUAGGUUACCCAUCACUCUCAAGCAACUCCACAUAAGUUAUUGUGAAAAGCUGGAGUCUCUACCAGAGGGAAUAAUGCACUACGAUUCCACAUAUGCUGCUGCUCUCAAGGAACUUGAAAUAAGUGGUUGUCCAUCUCUCACAUCCUUCCCAAGAGGCAAGUUUCCAUCCACCCUUGAGCGACUUCACAUUGGGGAUUGUGAACACCUCGAGUCAAUUUCAGAGGAGAUGUUUCACUCUACUAAUAAUUCACUUCAAUCUUUAACCCUCUGGAGGUAUCCUAAUCUCAAAACCCUACCAGAUUGCCUCAACACCCUCACAGAUCUACGUAUUGCAUAUUUUGAAAAUCUGGAAUUGUUGCUUCCUCAGAUAAAAAAGCUCACCCGUCUUACACGGCUCGAGAUCUCUAACUGCAAGAAUAUCAAGACCCCCCUAUCCCAGUGGGGCCUUUCCAGACUCACCUCUCUUAAAGGCCUCUCGAUUGGAGACAUGUUUCCAGAUGCAACUUCCUUUUCGGAUGACCCCCACUCGAUUCUUUUUCCUACAACUCUCACCUCCCUUACCCUUUCGCAUUUCCAGAAUCUGGAAUCACUGUCUCUCCAAACCCUCACCUCUCUUGAAGAGCUAGAAAUCGAAAGUUGCCCUAAGCUCCGGUCGAUUUUGCCAAGGGAAGGACUAUUGCCUGACACCCUUUCACGACUGUAUGUGCGGCGUUGCCCACAUCUAACACAAAGGUACUCGAAGGAGGAAGGAGAUGAUUGGCCCAAGAUUACCCACAUCCCCUGGGUAUCAAUAAAUAAGUAAUAAUGAGGUCAUUUACCGGAAAAACGGUGUCAAUUUGAGCAAGGGGAAGAAUGGCGUUAUAUAGAUCUCAUUCCUAAAAUAGUGAUCAAUGAAGUGCUAUUUUAAUCAAAGUGCCACUCUGCCACUCCGCCACUCCGCCAAUACACAGUUAGUGUUCAUUACAAGUAAUCGGGAUGAGCCUAGAUGUUUGAACUCUCCUUUGGUUCAGCAGCUUGCACUGAUUGGGCGUCCAUGUAAAAUGUGCUCUAACCAAGUGGAUUUCUUCAAAAGGAAGUGGAAUAUGAAGAAAGGAUAGAUUGUUCAGAUUUUGCCUGUAGAGGAAGGGAGAUUGCUGGGUGCUCAACACUUGAUGCUGAUUGCUCUGUUCAAGAAGAAUAAGAAACUGAGAGGAUCAGUUUCAGCCAUGUCAGGACUCUAAUCCAUGGCAGGCUUUCUCUGAGGUAGGUGCCCAACAACAAUAGCAAGUCUGUUAGGACCCAAAUGGCCAUCACAACAAACCAGCCACAGAAGCAACUUCUGGCCCUGAAACUUGGGGUUUUGGAACAGAGAGUUUUACAGCCACCCCUGGUGCCAGCUCUAAUAUUUCCAGACCCUCCAUUGGAGGCAAUAAUGCCCAGCUGUUUGUUGACUCAAAGAAGAUUGAGGGCAAGCUGGCUACUCAACCUGCUGGAUGGGCUGGUUUCUAACUUAUUUGGUGAUGUUAUAUCAUCCUGGGCACUUCUGGCCAUAAGAGAUGGGAAUAGGUAAAAAAGCAAAACAAAAAGGGAUUCAUGGCUUUUUGGGCAUGGUUAUGCUUGUCUUGAGCCCAAACAACAUCCACUGUCUCUUAAGACCAUAAAUGGUCAUCGUAACAUUUUAUUUGGUAUUGAAGUGGUGUCAGGUAGAGGGGUGGAUUCUUCAUCCAGAUCUAAAUGCAUUAGCUGGACAAUCGAAUGGCGGUUACUUAUCUAACAGAUGUUGUUUUACUAGACCAUGGAAUAAAAGAAAACUCAACCCUCUCAUCCGUAAUUCAGAACCAUCUAAAGCCUGGCCAUGGAAUAAGCUCAAGCCUUUCUGUACAGAGAAGCUGGACUCUCUCAAAUUUUUGAUUUGUAAAUAUCCAAAGCUAUGAUUUCAAAAGUCAUUAAAUGUGCCAAUCCCCGUUGACCUCAAUCAGAGCUUAAGGAGUGUGUUAGACUGUUACCAUUGAUCACCUCAGUCCAAAAGGCAUUCCAUUCAGGGAAGAGGAAAUAGAAGAAAAUGGCAGCUCUUGAUGUAUUUUGAUUUUGAUCAAGGCUUUCUUGAUGUAUACUCUGAUGUUUUGCUCAAAUUAAUCCUGAUGAUUUUCUUGAUUGGGAAGGUGACUUUUCCUCCAAGGAAGAGGACAGAUUGUUAUGAUUUUGGCAGAGUUUUCCCAGUAAAGGAAUUGAAGGAAGGGGAGAUUCCUGGGUGCUGAACUAUUGAUGUUCAUUGCUCUGUUCAAGAAGAACAAGAAACUAUUGAACCUUGGCAUUGAGCUGAUGCUUCAUAACGUGUUAUUAUAAGAGACAUAGGCUGCUCGAGUUGUCUGAAUAUACCCCAUAGUCCCUCUGAUGCUUGUACACAAGUCCUUGGGCGCCUCCAGAAAGGAAGCUUGAUAAAGAGCCAUUGUGCAUAAAAAAAAAAAAAAAAAAAAAAACACCAGUAGUCAGUGUUCACCCUCAUGACAGUAACGCAGCAACUGUCCUUGAUUCUUAUGGUGAGUUUGGCCUAUCACAUUCACUUCCAUUUGCAGUCCAGAUAGCAAGAAGGAUAUUGAUCCUUUUCACUUGGAGAGGGUCAGAAUCCAAAUGCAAAAUCACCAGAAGGCGAACCCCAUGUGGAGUUGUCAUCAGAGACAUAGAGAGAUGAACCCAAGCUUAUAUUACUAUAAGCUUGGCUAAUGAGUAACAAGUAGAGGUAGAGAGACGAUGUAUGUAAGUUGGUAUGUGAAUAAUUGGCCACCCGACUGCUUUUCUCUGCAUGUUGAUUAAGUUGAAAGAGUCUAGUGAAUAUUAUUUUCUUCUAUAAUUGAACAUUCUCCUGUAAUUGAAUAGUGUGAAAGCAAUUUUUUCUUCUUCUUCAACAAA